UCUCGGCGCGGGCGGCGGCGGCGCGCGCGGGCUCGGGCGGGAGGCGGCGGCGCGGGGCGGGGCGGCGGGAGCGGCGCGGGGCGCGCGGGGAGCUCGGGGCGGUGCGGGGAGCGGAGCUCGGGGUGGCGGGAGGAUGGAGAUGAAGAAGCGGUUGACGCUGGAGCUGCGCAACAAGAAGCCAAGCGAGGUGAAGGAGCUGGUUCUGGACAACUGCCGCUCGGACGAUGGGAAGAUCGUUGGGCUCUCCUCGGAUUUCGAGAACCUGGAGUUCCUCAGCAUGAUCAACAUCAACUUGCUGUCCGUCUCCAACCUCCCCAAACUCAACAAACUGCGGAAGCUGGAGCUGAGCGAUAACAGGAUUUCUGGUGGCCUUGAAGUCCUAGCAGAGAGAACUCCUAACCUGACACACUUGAAUCUAAGCGGCAACAAGAUCAAAGACAUCAAUACCCUGGAGCCCUUGAAAAAGCUGCCAAACUUGCGUAGUCUGGACCUCUUCAACUGUGAGGUGACGAUGCUCAUCAACUACCGGGAGAGCGUGUUCACCCUCCUGCCCCAGCUCACCUACCUGGACGGGUUUGAUGCUGAUGACCAGGAAGCCCCUGACUCAGACCCCGAAGCAGACGGGGAUGGGCUGGAAGAUGAUUAUGAGAACGGGGAAGAAGGUGAGGAAGAGGAGGAUGAUGAUGAGGAAGGUGAUUUGGAUGAAGAAGUCAUUGAUGAUGAAGAAGAUGAAGAUGAUGAUCUGGAAGGUGAAGAGGAGGAGGAUGGAGUAGAUGAUGAGGAGGAAGAUGAGGAGGAAGAUGGUGAGGACGAUGAAGAAGAUGAAGCUGAUGAUGACCUUCCGCGAGGCGAAAAGAGAAAACGAAAUCUAGAGGAUGAAGGAGAGGAAGAUCCAGAAGACGAAGAGGACGAUGAGGAUGACUGAUCCGAGCGAGCCAAUCAGUUUUACAGACUCUGACUGUGCUUGUCUUAACCUCCCCGUUGUGUCUAUGUGAGACUGUAAAUCCCCGUCUCCCGCUCCUCCCCCCUUUGUAUGGCUGCAGCAUCCACAAUAUAUUUUUUUAAGAUGUAGAAUACUGUAGGCAUUCAGGGGAAUCUUCCAUACAAGGCUCACUUUCUCACAAGUAUCUCAUGACCAAAGGCUUUCUCCGUUCUGUGGUUUGUGCAGCAGUUUGCAAAAACAAAACAAAAAGAAAAAGAAAAAAAAGAGAAAUAAGUUUCCUCCUAGGGUAUCUUUUGUGUCUGAAAUCAGCCUCGCCACACUGGACCCAGAGCUCCAGCUGACAGCAACGGAGGCGGUUGGCGUCCGCACGCCCUCAGAGCAGCUUUUCCGAAGACGCUUGAGCCGUCUUGAGCAGUGGGUACCAACCUGGGUCAUCCGAGUGGACUCAAAGCGAACGGUCGCUGAGGUCUCUCUCUGAUCAGAAAUAACGGUGAUGUGAUCGCUGGAGAUGCUUGAAGAUACUUUAGCGCUGGGGAAUGGGGGUGCCCGGGGGCUUGGGGCGGGGGGUUGGCUGCUUGCAUGACCUGGUACCUCUGACGAUGCACCUUGCAGUAGCCCUACACUUGCUUUCCUAUUUUUAUUCUUAUAAACUGGAAUAUUUUUCCUGCUGGCCGCCUAAUAACUUGGAUGUCCAAGUAAGUCUGAUUAUUUUUGGUGUUAAUUUUACGUUCUUGCGGCUGCGAGCUGCUGUGACGAGGCCCCUCGUCCUCCCGCAGCAGCCGCUCGCCUUUCGAAGAGAUAGGAAAGGGCAAGUUGAGGGAUACUGCGCUUCUGUCGACCUCCGUUUCGCACUGUACAGAAACACCUUCAACCAGUAUCACUGUGAUGCACCUAACUCGGCGUUCCCGGGAGUCCGUGUUAGCCUGUAUGUUCUCAGGGUCCUUCUGCCCAGCUCUGGACAGUCUCCUUGGCGGUGUCCGCAUCCUCCUCCUCCUCUUUUCAGCACGAAGAGCAAUCGCAGCUCUCACCUUUACGCCAAGAAGGUGCCGUGGAGGACGUGUCCCCCGUGUCCCCGCGGUGCCUGGAAGGGGGACAAGGGGGGGAUUCAGCCAGGUGGGUUUUUGACCCCUCGCCAGCCCUUUGCAUGGAGGGGUCCAGUUGGCACAUCCCUUGGUUUUGGGGGAGAAUCAGCCCCGUGGCACCCAAGGGACGGCACCUGCUGGGUGCUGGGGGGGUAACCGCUGUUCUCCUGCUGUUGAGGUGCCCACGGGCACUUUGUGGGGUUCCCGGGGUCCGGGGGAUCCCGGCGCUGGGGGGCGAGACGCGCGGUUCCCGUGGUGGGGGGGGGGGUGUGUUGCGGCACAUCCGACUUUCUGUUGCUUUUGUUUCUGUUCUUGCUGUUCUCUUGCAUUGUACAGUAGCUGUAACCAUUCGGAGAAGAACUAGUCCUGUAAAAUGCAAACUGAGUAACUUAUAAAUGUUAAAAAGGAAUUUUUAAAAGAAAUUUCAGAGCAGCAGUUACUUCUAAUUUUUUUUCCCUGCAUUUUUAGCAGAUUGUAUGGAUUUUAUAUUAGCCUAGUAACUGUCAGGUUUUGAUUGGUCAGACUAGUCCCAGAAAUAAGGAUCUCCAGCCCUUUUGUAUCUUUUGUUACAGAAUUUGGAUAAAACUUUUAAUAAAGACUUCAGUUUCUAAAAA